AUGUCCCGCCGAGUACCACGCCGCGAAUACUACGAGGAAGACGAGCUAUACGAGAUGGACCGGGAGCAUGAGCGAUAUGAUCGGCCGCCUCGACGACCCCGUUACAGCGAAGUAGACGAGGAAUAUUUCCGCAGGAGGUCCGAGCCUUUAGUUGACGAUAUGGAGCGCAUGCACAUCCGCGAACGUCCUCGGCGAGAUUUCAUGGAAACGGGCUUUGCGCCGCGGGAGCGGGAUGAGCUGGUGCUUAGGCGGUCGAGAGAGUUGGAAUCGGACUCGGAGUCGGAGUCGGACUCGCUGGGACGUAUGUCGAGGGAUCAUCGGGCGUUUGAGCGGCAGCCUGUGAGUCGGAGUAGACGUCAUCCUCGUGAAGUGGAGAAGACUGUUGUUGAGGAGCGGGAGAGUUCGAGGGGUGCUCGACGGCAUCCGCUGGACGUUGAAGAGGACGAUAUUAUGGAUGACAGGGAGGACUACCGAGUGCGAAGACGUCGUCCUGAGCGGGACCGGAAGAUUGAGGAGGACUUUAUUGUUGAUGAGAGGGAAAGGCGCCCGGAGAGAAGACAUCGCUCGCGACGGGUAGUCGAUGAAGAUCUUCUCGUGGAAAGAGAGAGGGAUAGAGGUAGUGAGAGGAGGCGUCAUUCAGAGCCGCAGUUCGACGAUGAUCCUUUUAUCAUGGAGGAGCGGCAUCGGAGCGGUAGACGCCAUCGUCGGGAAGUUGAUGACGAUGAUAUAAUCUUUGAAGGCAACGAGCCGCGCAGUCCAAGCCGGCACCGUUCAAGCAAGCGCCACCCAGAACGAAGGUCUGAAGACGAUAUUCUAUUCGAGAAAAGAGAAAGACGUCAGCACAGACGGCGUCCAGAACGGGAAAUCGAAGAAGACCUUUGGAUUGAAGGAGCGGGAAAACACCGACACAGACAUCCUGUAGAAGGCGAAGUCGAUGAGGAAUUGGCAUUCAGACGAAAAGAGAAAGAAGACCGCCCUUUACGACGGGGAUGGGACAGCGAACUCGACAUGCGAUCUCGUGACAGGAGAUUGGAGUUUGAGGAAGAAGAGAUAUACCACCGUCCACGGCCGCGGGGUCCGCCUCCUCGGAGAGUCGAAGUGGAAGAGGUCCUCGAUGAUGUAGUCCCAGAACGCCACCGGGGACCAAUUGGUCGUCCCAAACGAGAUAUCCAGGACGAGGAGAUGAUCAUUCGGCUGAAAGACAAAGGACUGCGACCCGUCGAUCUUGCAGAGGAGGAUGGGCUUGUAAUACGCGAACGGCGGGAAAAGCGACGGAGUAUACCCUCGGAAGACCUCGAGCGUGAAUUGCGAGGUAGUCGUCGAGGAGUUAGGGAAGAGAGCCCGCUAGAUGCGGACGUCAGCACUCGCUCGCAGUUUGACGCGAAAUCAUCCGCUCGAGACCUUGAUGAUGUCGGAGAGGGAUUCAGUAUCCGGAAAUCAAAGGAGAAGCUCCCGUCUCGUCCACCUUCACCUUCUAUGGCGUCUAUACAUGUACCCGCGAUCCAUCAGGAUGUGUUUACCCACCAUAGGCACAUUGAUCAUGGUUUCGAAGAGGGCCCGCCGCCUCGUGCCCCCAGCCCGGAACUGCCGUCUCCAGUUGGUAGCUUUGAUGAGAUUGAUAUUAAGCAUCGGAAAAUGCGAGGAGGACGAAUCUCAGAGGAAAAGAUAGCACUCAGACACCGUGACAGCAUAGACACUCUCGCCCCGGAAGAUUCGAUCUCACCAACGAGCCAAGCCAUCUUUACCGAUCCAUGGGAACGCGAAGCAACAUCCGCAUCCCGCAGUUGUUCUAACUUACUGGACAAAGAGAAAGAUCUACCUUCUAUGGCUGAGAUAGAGAAGGAAAUUCUUCUUGAAAGCGCCCGAGCAGCGGACAACGCACCCAGAAGCGCGGACGAUUGGUCUGUAGUACAUGCCCCAUCCAAAGAAGAAGCCAUUGAAAUGAGUGGAGCCCUGGGUGACCUGGAUGUGAUCGAGGUCAAGCCUCGACGUGCUUCGGUGGAGGAAGUCAACUUGGGACGAAUUGCGCAGCAAGUCACAGAAACGAAGGAGACUCGAAACGAUCGAUGGACUGAAAUUGCAAAGAAAUUGGUGGUACGAGAAGCGAUUGAACAGAUGGAUUACGAGUACGAGGAGACAAAGGGAUUCUAUUAUAUCUUCUCAUAUCUCAGCCCUGAUGAUAUAGAUGAUCUUGUGGAGUUAUCGGAUGAGAUUAGGAGUGCCCGGCGCAGACGCAUUCAGGCUAUCCAGCGUGAGCGUGCCUCUAUCUCUCUACCCUCCACAUCUCAUAUCAGAUCUCCUCCGGUGGGAAUGCCCCCGCGAGCACGUAUGGCCGAGAGGCGUAUGCAGGGAGUCCGGGAUCGGUUGUUGUCGAAACGACUAUAA